CCGCGGGAGGGGUCGUUCCCCCAGCAACAGGCGGCCGCCGCCGGGGAGGACUCCAAGCCCCAGCCUGCCCCGCGCGCCCAGCCUAGCAGCUGCCGCUGGCUCCGCAGCCCGGGGAGCUGGCGCGUGCCCGCAGCAGCUCCGCUCCGGGGACGGAGAACCUGUAGAUGCCCGGGACCGAGGGGGGAACCUGAUUCAAACCACCUCCAACCCACUUCUCGCUGGCUUCGUCCUCGAAGCAGGAUUCCCCCUUGCAUUCCGCCCCCUGCUCCUUGAACGGCAAGAAGGCUCGGCGACCCACCAGCUGGCUGCGAUGGACACGGAUCCGCCGCUGCAGCUGCGCGUCUUUGACCUCAAUUGCUGGGCGAUUCGCUACUUGAGCAAGGUGCGGCAGGAGCGCAUUGGACUGAUUGGCGACACACUUAGCCAGGAGGCGUUCGACCUGGCACUCUUACAGGAGGUGUGGAGUGAGAGGGACUAUUGUGAGCUGAAACAGAAGCUGACUGCCUGCUACCCCUACUCCCACUACUUCAAAAGUGGGGUGAUUGGCAGUGGGCUCUGCGUGUUCUCCAGAUACCCAAUCCUGGACACCUUCCUGUACCAGUACUCCCUGAACGGCUACCCCUACAUGCUCCAGCACGGGGACUGGUUCUGCGGCAAGGCCGUGGGGCUCCUCGUUAUCAAGAUCUGUGGGAUUAUCUUCCAUGUGUACGUGACCCAUCUCCUUGCGGAGUACUGCCGGGACAAGGACGCUUACCUCCCCCAUCGAGUGGUGCAGGCCUGGGAGCUGGCUCAAUUCAUACAGCACACCUCGAAGGGAGCGGACGUGGUGCUGCUCGGUGGGGAUUUGAACAUGCAUCCCGGGGACAUGGGGAUCCGGCUGCUGCGAGGCUGGACAGGGCUGCGGGACUCCUUCGCCGACACAGAGAGGUUCGAGGGCUGCGAGGAUGGCUGCACCCUGGUCCCAGCCAACUGCUUCACGGUCAAUGAGGAGCUGCAGCCCUUCCCGCUGGGAAUCCGCAUCGACUACAUUCUCUACAAGGGACUGUCUCGCUUUGUGGUGAAGUGUGACAGCCUCGUGACCACCACGGGCACCGCCCCCGGCAAGAGCAUUCCCUACUCGGACCACGAAGCCGUCAUUGCUACGCUGAGCGUGCACCGACAAGAGGAGGCCAAGGGCUCGAGUGCCAGCGCAGCCAAGCCGGAGCUGGUGGACGUGGUGAACGAGGCCCGGACAGAGCUGAGGGUGCGGCUGCACGCGGCCGAGCGCCAGCGCUACUCCAACGGCCGCAUGGCCAUCCUGGCCCUGCUCCUGCUGCUCCUGCAGGUGGCCAUGGGCCUGAGCUCCCUGGCGGGCUGGGACUCCCCGCAGCCCUUCCCCAAGUUCUCCUUCUCCCUGCUGAGUUUGCUGGCCACGGUGGUGCUGCUGCUCUCAAUGGUGCUGUACGUCUUCCACACCAUCGAGGUGAGGAUGCUGCAGGGGACGGAGGAGCAGAUGAGGCUGGCACUCCAGGUGCUGCAGGACAAGCUCAGCCCCAUGUAGGACAGCAGCGGGGGGGGGGGGGGUAAGGGGAUCAAGAGGCUCCUGGGUGCUCAGUGGAUCGCACGGCCAGCUGGCAGCGGCUGUGCUGGAGAGCAGGGAGAGGGCAGGCGGUUUCCUUGGCACUGGAUUGCUUUUCAUGGUUAACUUGAUUUUUAAACAAAGCGGCAUUUGGUAUCUUACCGAUUACAGCAGGUUUUCUAUAGAGUUAAAUAAACUUUUUGAACAGAU